AUGAAUCCUCAAAUCUUUUCAAAUUCAAUGCAUAUAGCAAAAUUCUUUAUCAACCCCAAUUUCUGUCAAUCCUGGAAACUUUAUAGUGUCAACCAUUACUAUCCUCAGAUAAAUCCUCCAAUUUAUCAAUCUCCUCCAUCUUAUAUUAAUUUAUCUCUAUCGCCUAACGCUCAAAUUAUACUUUUACUCGACCAAUCAGCAUAUAAAUUACCCGUAACCGUAAUUAUUACCAAAUAUUCAGCCAAAUUGUGCUAA